AAAUUCUUUUUUGGGUAUCUGGAAAAGUUGCAAUGUUCUCUGGUUUUCCCAUAGUUUCAUUUGGGUCGUAUAAUAAACUUUUUCAAAGUGGAACGCUCUUUCAAUUUGCGUUGAGCAUCAAAAUCCUCACCAUCCACUCUCCUACCGCACUUCUCCAUCUGUCAUCAUCGUUACAGAGCUCUUUUUCUUCUCCUUCGGAAUCACAAAGUUUUUGGCCCUCCAAUGGCGUUGUCUCUCUCCGUCACGCCUACUUCUUCUUCUUCUUCUUCUUCGUCUUACGUCCUCUCUCGAAACCCUACACCUACUCCUAAUUCCAGAACCACCCAUCUGAAUUUCGCUUCCCAGAGGAGAAUUCACGCCAUUAAUCCUCUUCAAUCAUACUCACAACACCUAAAUGCAUCUCUAUUCUCAAUCUCAGCUAUUACCUCUUCUUCUUCCUCACAAACAACAGAAUUCGUGCCUCUAAAGCUCGAGAGAUUAGUCAAAGAAUUCAAAUCCUUGACAGAGCCAAUUGAUCGGCUCAAAUGGGUUCUCCGUCACGCGAAUCUCAUCCCUCCGAUGCCCGAAUCAUCCCGAACCGAAUCGAACCGGGUCAUGGGCUGCACGGCUCGUGUCUGGCUAGACGCUGAGCUAGGUCAAGACGGGAAGAUGCGGUUUUGGGCAGAUAGUGAUUCAGAUGUGUCGAAAGGUAUGUGUUCGUGUCUGAUUCAAUUGCUUGAUGCUUCGACGCCUGAAGAUGUGAUGGAAUUGAAGAUUGAGGAUUUGGCUGAGCUUAACGUUGUUGGAUUGUUGGGUGGUGAGAGAUCGAGAGUGAACACUUGGCACAAUGUUCUUGUGAGUAUGCAGAAGAAGACACGACGGCUUGUGGCGGAGAAGGAAGGAAAAGCUCCUUCCUUUGAGCCGUUUCCUUCAUUGGUGUUGACUUCUGAUAGCAUUGAGGCUAAAGGAAGCUUUGCUGAAGCUCAGGCCAAAUAUUUGUUUCCGGAGGAGUCACGGGUUCAAGAACUAGUCAAGGUUCUGAAGGAAAAGAAGAUAGGAGUGUCUGCUCAUUUCUACAUGGAUCCAGAAGUGCAAGGAGUCUUAACGGCAGCUCAGAAGCAUUGGCCACAUAUCUAUAUAUCUGAUUCUCUAAUCAUGGCAGAUGCAGCUGUCAAGAUGGCUAAAGCUGGAUGUCAAUUCAUAACGGUUCUUGGUGUCGAUUUCAUGUCCGAAAACGUCCGUGCCAUUCUAGACCAAGCUGGAUUUGGAGAGGUUGGUGUAUACAGAAUGUCAGAUGAAACCAUUGGUUGUUCUCUAGCUGAUGCUGCUUCUGCUCCUGCUUACUUGAACUAUCUCGAAGCUGCUUCUCUUACGCCGCCUUCUAUGCAUGUUGUUUAUAUCAAUACAUCUCUGGAGACGAAAGCUUUUGCUCAUGAGCUUGUACCUACCAUUACUUGCACUUCAUCUAAUGUUGUACAGACGAUUCUGCAGGCGUUUGCUCAAAUGCCGGAUUUAAAUGUUUGGUAUGGUCCUGAUUCUUACAUGGGAGCGAAUAUUGUAAAGCUAUUCCAGCAGAUGACGUUGAUGACGGAUGAAGAAAUCGCCGAUGUUCAUCCUAAACACAACCUAGAUUCCAUUAAAUCAUUGCUUCCCCGUCUUCACUAUUUCCAGGAAGGAACGUGUAUUGUACAUCAUCUUUUCGGUCACGAGGUAGUGGAAAGAAUAAAGUACAUGUACUGUGACGCCUUUCUUACCGCGCACCUGGAGGUUCCGGGUGAAAUGUUUUCACUAGCAAUGGAAGCAAAGAAAAGAGACAUGGGUGUUGUUGGAUCCACACAAAACAUACUUGACUUCAUCAAGCAGAAGGUUCACGAAGCAGUUGACCGAGAUGUCGAAGACCAUCUCCAGUUUGUUCUAGGAACAGAGUCGGGAAUGGUAACAUCUAUUGUCGCGGUGAUCAGGAGUUUGCUAGGUUCUUCUGCUAACUCGAAAGUGAAGGUCGAAGUAGUGUUUCCUGUAUCGUCUGACUCAAUGUCGAAAACUUCUUCUUCGGAGGGUUCAAACUCCAUUAAAGUUGGUGAUUUGGCGUUAUCGGUUGUACCGGGAGUAGCAGGAGGUGAAGGCUGCUCUAUUCAUGGCGGAUGCGCUUCAUUUUGCCACAAUCUACCUGAUUUGCAAAACGUAAUCGGCGGAUUCAAAGCAGAGCGAUUCAAACGACAAACUCCUCAAGGAAAACUCAUUGCGGACGUUGGGUGUGAGCCAAUACUUCACAUGAGACACUUCCAAGCGAACAAGGAGUUGCCGGAGGAGCUUGUUCAUCAUGUCUUAAGUCGCGAGAGCAAGAGAUGACCAAGUUGUCCCCUUAAAGCUAUAUGAAGGAUUUGGUAAGUUUUAGUUAUCAACAAAUUAUAGGUUUUACGUUUGGUGGAACAUGAAGAUUAAAGCUCCUCUUGCGAUAAUGAUUCAUAUGAUCACGAGGAUUACAUUACAUUGUAUACAAUAAUCUAAACAAAAGCAGAAGAAGCAUUUGGAUAUAUUAGAGAUGCUUAGGAGCAAGUUAUUGAUGUAUUAUUAAUGGUUUCAUUGCAAUGUUUCUAACAAACUUGAAACUUUUUCAUCAUCAUGAAAUUGAAAACUUUUAGACAUUAACUUGA